AAAUGUCGUCACUUCCUGUUUUGCAGGGCAGUUCGGUUGGCGCGCGACUGUGUUGCUACCGGGCAGAGUGGAGGACCUGAGGACCUGAAAACCCCGUAAAACGGCGGAGAGCGGUGAACACACGGCGGCUCGGGGAGGCGGUCGGCCCGCGGUCUGAGCACACAGUCCGGCUCGGCGGAGGACUCGGUCUCGGCGUUGCGCGGCUUUACGCUCGGGGGAUCUCCGAUCGGGGCCGUGGCCGCAGUUAGCCCGCUAAAGCUAGCUUUUGUAUCGAGGGCUAACGGACACUGUACGCGGCUGCUGGAGGAAUGAGCUGCGGCCAAGUUCAGCAAUGGUUUGCAUCUCGUGACUGACAGAAAGCAUGGAGGAGAGUGCUAUGGAUGAGCUUUAUGGUGAUCUUGGCCAGGGGUGUUAUGACUCUGCGCUGAUUCAUGAUGAAGACUCUGUGGAUAUUUACUCAGGACUAGAUGACAGUCCUAAAGGUGAUGGAGGCAACGGUGAAGGCAGCACUUUACUGUCCCCGCAAAGGCUGAAGGAUUCUAUGGAUUUGUAUGAGGAGCUCAUCACAAAAGAGCAGGAGGAGAAAGACACAACAUACAAUGAGUUGAAAACUAAAUUUAAUGCUGCUCAAAGCCAGGUACAGGAAUUACUUUCAAAGUUGCAGGAGAUGCAGACCAAGAACUCAUGCUUACACAAGGAGAAUGUUCUCCUAAAGAAAAACAUAUGUGCACUUAUCAAGACUGCAAGAAUGGAGAUUGUUAGGAAGGAAGAGGAAAUAAGCAAACUAUCCAGCCGACCUGGUCAGGGUAAAUUUUAUCCUUCUCGAGGAGAAAGAGGCCAAGAACACUGUUUACGGAGCCAGAUAAAAAAUUCCAGCGGAAGUUGCGGAGUUCCAGGGUCUGUGGAUAGAAGCAGACCAUCCAAUCAUUCUGCUCGUCUAGAAACGCAGACAAAUUCUUCACCAUCAUCCUCUACAGUGCACCAACGAUACACCAGAAGCGAACAAGAUUGUAAAGAUGCUGGUGAAAAGGUGCAAGGUCUCCAACGUGUGACGCCCGAUGAAGCAAUCAACAGAAAAGAACAAGAAAAUCUAUCCUCUAAUAGUGAGGUUGUGAAAUCUCAUAGUAGAGUUAAUGCAAGCCAGAAACUUUAUGAAACGGUUGAAAGAGAGCUGGAAAGCUUGGUACGAGGUCAAGAAUGCCUUGCAAAAUCGCCAAAUAUGCCAAGUAUGGAAUGUAGCUCGAAAGAGAAGGACAUCACAGAAAAAUCACAAUGCAAUGAAAACAAAUCUGAGAGGCCACAGAGGGACUCAACAAAACUGAAGAGCACAUCUAGCAAAAGCCAGCAUCAGCAGCAUGUGGAUCCCGCCAUGCUUAGAAAGUCUGUCCGUUCAAAGAGUCCUUUCUCUCCACCUCAGCACAUCUCCCCACCUCCUCUCCACUCACAAACCUCCAGAGAACCACCUAUGGGGUCUGCAGACAUGCAGGCACAAGGUCAUAGACAAGAAGUUAAGCGUAAUCAAGGAGAUGACAGACGAAGUAGAAGUGGCACACAUUCUGUAAGCGAUAAGAGCUGCUCUGGGAAGCCAGCUGCUUCUCUGGACAAGAAGACGGAGAAAGGAGAGUCCAGAGAGCAUCACAGAAAAGAGGAGAGGAGGCAAGAAAAUGUUAGCAGUUCAGAAAGGAGGCACACCAGAAGCGACAGCAGCAAAGAGUAUGAGCAAAAGAAGACACGAGAAAAUGAGGAGAGAAAUAGACAGCAGGGAAGUAGUAGUAGUAGCAGCAGCAGUCGAGGAGAAAGAAGAAGCACUAGGUCAGAAACUAUCAAAGACCACGAGCGAAGGAGUACAAAAGCAAGUGACGGAGGCAGUGCAAAAGAGGAAACUAAUAAAGUUGAGAAACAUGUCAAGGAUGGGAGGGAUGGAUGCCGAAGUGAUGUCCGAAGCAGUAGACAAGGUACAUCCAUUUCGAAACGCGGGGAUUAUGACAGUGAUCGUUCUCGACGAAAAGAUCUUGUUGAGGAUGCCAAUAAUCGGAGAACUUCUAGUAGAACUGAAGAGCAAGUAUCUGGAAGCAAAGCAUCCAGCAGUUGUGAUGAUUCUAGACAUGGUAAAGCCUCUCGUCGUGACAGUCAUGCAAGCUCUGACAAGCGCAGCAGUGUUAAAGACAAACGUUCAGAUAUAGAUUGUAGAAAAGAACGGAGGAGGGUUGAUAAAGAAAAACAAAGUACUGUUCAAGACAGAAAAUCAUCAACCGCUGUUCCUGCUAUGGAUGCCACAAAGUGUACCUCUCCUGAGAGAUCCAGAAUAAAUAAUGGUGGUAUCGUUCAGUCAAAUUGUCUUGCAAAUGUGAAAGACCAGUCCUUUUUGAAGGUAACCAGUACCUGUGACCUGUCUAACAUGGCAGAGGAAAGUAGUCCAAAGAGAAAAUUAACUUUCAUGGAAACUCUAAACCUCACACUCUCACCAGUGAAAAAGCAGAACCAGCCUGCUGAAACUAGUGAACCUAUUUGUAAACCUCUUACAAAUGCUGUGCCAGACAACUCAGCUGAGGAAAGAGAUUUGUUUGAAUUCGGAGAGGAAUUCUGUGUUAUUGAUGAAGCAGAAAAAAGCCAAGACUCAAUAGAGGCUAUGAAUGUUGACUCAACACCUGCAACAAGCGAAAAUGUGCACCUUGGGCCAAGUAAUUUUGACAUUCAGCCAAAUCAGGAUCUGGAUAUAGUUUCUAAAACUGUAGAACCAAAAAUGGACAUUCAAGGCAACAAACUGAAGGAACAAAUCAGUGAAGGUAGUAAAGAAAUCAGUGAAGGCUCUACAGGUCAAUUUGAGAAAAGUUGUACAGUUACAGAACCACAAAAUUGUGAAAAGAAGUCUGCUACAGUUACUGAUGAUUCAGGGGUCUCUGCUAGUAAUGUUCCUGGGAAACAUAUUGAAAACUCCCAGUGUGUGCCAUAUGAACCUAUGUCCACUAAUGGAUCUGUACCAGUUAAUGUUCAGUUUCCUACAGUUAAAGUUCUAUGCAAGGAGCAAGAUCUUCAGACGUCUCUGAUGAAAAAACCUAAAGAAAAGAGUAGAGUAAAUUGUAUCGAUGAAGGCCAAACAAAAAAUCAACCAGAGCCUCAAGCCCCACCAACUGUUCCAAGUGAUGCUUUUCAGGAGGAGGUAUCAACUUCUACCAAAGUGCAUGCUGCUUUUGAGACUUGUUCUAAUGCAGAGACUUCAUUGUCUUUGGAAUUAGUUUCUAGUACUGUCAGUGUAGAUGUUCAUUUUCAGGACAAACUGGCCAGUUCUCAACCACAGCCCUCUGGUUCAGAUGUAGAAAACACCAAAUGUCCUGAGAGACUCGAUUCAGGUCCAAGACCAUCAGAAGAGACAACAACUGAGCCAGUUGAAACUAGUGGCACUGUAAGUGAUACGCCACCCGAGCAAACGGGUUCCUCUGAACCUGAUUCCACCGAGGACGACCUGCAGGCCUCCAAGCCUUCGACUUCUGUAGUGGUGCCCCAAGAUGAGGAUUCUAUGAUGCUUACCCUGAGCAGCAUUAAAGUCAUUCCUGAUGUCAUAAGCCCUCUCACAAGUCCAGUUCGCCAGGUCAAGAAAGUCCAAGCACAUAGUCUGGGAAAGGAGACCCAUGUGAAGAGCCUUGGUAGAGAUUUCUCUACCACCGCCAUUGUGACCAAUAAAGAAGCAAUCAAAAGGGACAUGAACAAAGAGAAUAAGAGACCUGAUUUGCCUGUCAUGCCCAGUGUGGUGAAAGAUCAAGAGGUGCUAUCAUCUACAGCAACUGAGGAGGAACUGGAAGAAGGAGAGAUAAGCAGCAAGAGUGAUGAUGAGAGUUCUGCAACAAAGCCAGCUUUAGGAAGUCAGGCUAGUCCCAUGCCAACAAUGCUUGAAAACAGAAAGAAACCUGCCGGUACUCCAACACGUGAAAAAGACAGUUCAACUGACAGUUCUAAAGAGAGUCCUACUCUGAACAAGAGGCGCUUCAAAACAAUUACCGUUCCACCCAAAGCAAACAUUUCGACAACUGCUGAAUUUAUGAACAUGUUUUUGUUCAUUCGAAGUGAGUUGAGGAGAAAGUACAUGAAACUUCACAAAAAUGUCACCAAGUCAGCUUUUUGCUGCAUCGUUGACAUGUCUGUAGCCUCUUUCUCUGAAUUUGUUGAUGGUGUUAACUUUCAUAAGUUUUGUUCUCAAGGUAAUGAAAUCAAAUCUAGACUUAAUAAGAUCAUCGCUUCUGUUAUGAGCAAGGUUUCUAGCAAUGGCAUUGUGAAUCGCAUCUUUGAGCAACGAGCUGACGACCUAAAGCAAAAGCUGUGGAACUUUGUGGAUGGUCAGUUUGAUUUUCUGUUUAAAGAGAUAAAGGCUGCACUUAAAGUUGGACCUGGACUUCCCAAGAGUAUACGUUCUACGGAAGGUAAGCCUUCAAACCCUGGGCUGAAAGCAGAUUCGAUUGAUGACGUUUGUAAAGUGCAGGCUAAAAAACCCUUGAGCGCAGCUGAGUACAGACCAAAUAAAUCUGGCACAGCUGAGGUCAAGAGGAUUACUCCAGUGCCCAUCUUGCCAAACACUUUUCGAGGUCUUGGCAGCAGAGGCAAAAACAUAAAGGCGACAAUGGAAGAAGAGGCUCAGCCAUCUGAGGCACGGACCUCAAACCAGCUUCCAGCCAUUUUCUCUUUUGAAAAACCUUUGCAAGAAAGUUUUCCUGCACCUGAGAUGAAAACACCCUCCACCUUUGCCCGCCGUCUCUCUCAUACUGGAAACACACAAGACAAAACAGACUUUGAAAUUCUUACAGAGCAGCAAGCCUCCAGUUUAACCUUUAAUUUGGUCACUGAUUCUCAAAUGGGAGAUAUAUUUAGAUGUCUUCUGCAAGGCUCUGAUCUGCUAGAGACUGGUGUCUCUGCAGGGGAGAAUCAAAGCUGGCCACUCAACACUCCAAGAAAAGAAGGUCCCAGUGGAGACAGUGUCAUUGGGCUUGUGACGCCCAGCAAAAUGAUUACCCCAUCAAAACUCAUCACAGCAUGGACCUCAAUUUCUCCUUACAAGCUGGCUUCCCCGAACAGCAAAAUCCACAUGCCUUUAAACCCAGCGCUCUUUGACGAAAGUUGUUUGUUAGAAGUCCCGUCUAACACUCUUCCAAAUCAAGCUGCUCCUGGUCUGAGCUCCCAGCAGUCCUUCUCCAUUUUGGCUGAAGAUUUGGCCGUUUCUCUCACCAUUCCGUCUCCAUUGAAGUCUGAUGGCCACUUGAGUUUUUUGCACCCAACUAGUGGACAGCCACUAUCUACCCCAAGCAGCGUCAUUAGUGCUCAUUUCAGCGAGGAUGCUCUACUUGAUGGGGAAGAUGCCACCGUACAAGACAUUCACUUGUCUCUUGAUACAGACAAUUCCAGUUCCGGUGAGUCAAGCACCUGUGGGACAUGGCAGGGCACAUAUCCAGCAUCAUUCCAGUUUAAACCAAACUUGCCCAUGCAAGCAGAGGUUAUGGAGAGGUCCAAUGAUCACUUUAUUGUGCGAAUUAGGCAUACAUCCCCUGUAGCACAUGAUGAGUCCAGACCGGAGCUGGAAAAAGCAAGAUCAGCAGUAGAAAAUGUUUCAGUAUUUCAGGAGGACAAGACUUCUCCCAUCUCACAUGCACCCCUGGAUAAUGGCUGUGUCUUGACUGCACCAGGUACCUCAAAUCAAACACCAGAAUCUCAAAUGUCAAACACGGACAUGACUUCUGAAGGUGCAUAUGUUUUUCAUGAAGAAACUCCUGAUACGUUACUUACAAACUCUGUGAGCCCAGCUGCGCAUGCUGAUGCUGAUGCUGAUUCUGCUGCUGCAGAUGCCUCACAUUCUCCAGCUGCUACUGGUAUCACUGCUGUCUCCAGCAAGGAAGAUGGUGCCCUUGAGAAUGAAGACACAAAUGAGAAGACCUCUAGAAAACGAAGGAAACAUCAUUCUGGGCCAAAGGCAAAACGAUCCAGAUCAGAGAAGCAUCAAGAGAAACAUGAAGCAUCAAAACCAAGGCACAAGAAGAGGUCAAAGUCAUCCAAGGAGAGAGGCGAGAAAACUCCAUCGAAGAAGCAAAACAAGUCCCCUCAGCUAUCUCCUAGUCUUUCAGCCAAGAAUGUUAUCAAGAAAAAAGGAGAAGUGGUGGUGACAUGGACCAGGGAGGAAGAUCGAGACAUUCUUGUUAAUCUCAAGGUGAAAGGAGCUUCCUCAAAGACGUUUGCUGCACUUUCAAGCAAGUUAAAAAAGUCACCAGCACAGAUUGAAGAGCGAUUCUCUCAGCUCAUGAAACUGUUUAAGAAGAAAGAGAAGAUGGAAAACUGAGCAAAUUUGGUUUCUGGCUCAGUUAACCUGCUUGUUAAUCCUUGAGCCAUGCAAGGACACAUGGCAAUAGAAGCUGAACACAGAUGUGUGGAGUAGUCAAGUGCUCUUGUUGGGAAAUAUUGCCGACUCUUCAGACAAAAUGGAAUGUGUUGCCUGAAAACAUCAAAAAUACCAAGCAUUUUCUCAAGUAAAGGGAAUGUCUGACCCCACUGACAUCUCACUGGGGUGGAGUUUCACUAUAUAUUCUAUCACCAGAUACAAACAUGUACUGCCCAUCAUACCUAUCUACAGGUUAUUUUUUAAUAUAGAUGAUUCUCUAUCUAGCUAAAGAUGUAAUCUUAUAUUUCUGAUUUGCCUUACUUCACUUUGGCUAGACCAGAUGUGCCCCAAGUCAGAUAAGACCAUGUUUAUUAGGUGUGUUACAGUGCAGGUGAUCCUCUGAUUUUCACUGGUUGACAUUGCACAGAAAGGUGCACUUGACCGCAUUUUGGGCAAGUAGUAAAUCAACCAUCUUUCUUCAUACAGAUGAGUAAAACAGCGAAUGGUUCUUUGAGAAUGGGUCGACCUACGCUACGCUGACUUGAUAGUUUCCUGAAUAUAUGCACUGGAGUUAAUUUUGCCUUGUAAGAUCUACCUCAGAGAGUUUGGCAAAGAGACGCAUGAAUGAGGUCACCACAGCUCACUAUGUGGUGACAGAUCGUACACCUGUGUCACUCAAGUCUUCAUAUAUUUUGUGAUAUAAAUUGAGUGUGUUGCAGCAUCCAGUUUUCAUUAUUGAGGGGAUAUCGCUAUGAACCAUGUCAACGUAAAGUUCUGACGUGUGAUGGGUCCUCCUUUAACAUAUCUGAUCUUUUUAUCGGAAUUUUGUCAUCUCAAAUCACAUGAAUAUUGAAAAGAUCGACGUGGAAAAUGUAAGGGUUAGGCACUGCAAACUGUUCUCUGAAAAGUUACAAAUGAGUGGCCAAAAGUAGCCAUUGCUGUAUCUUUUCGUAGUAGUUUAUAAUAAAUGCACACCUUUCUUUGUUAAUUCUGACAUUUGUUUAAUUACUUGUUUCUCUAAGUAAUACAUAUCCUGCUUAAGUGUUGUUUCCCACUGCCCAAACUCGAGAGUUUUUUUUUGUAUGUCAAAUUAUUAACAUGUAUAUAUGUUAAAUUGUAAGUCGUUAGGCAUCUUUCUGCUGCAUUUUUUUUUACUUUUUGUUUUUAUUUAAUUUUUGUCCAUAAAGCAGAGUUUUGAUGACACCAUUUUCCUAUUUGAAACAGAUGUACUGUAUAUAUUGUAAAUUGUUGGACAUUCUUUCACUUUUUAAAAUAAAGCUAAUUUAUUUCAA